GGAUAAAAUAAACGUGUUGUCCACCCGCCAAUUACAACACAUUUCACCAAAAACCUCAGUUGAUUCCAUUUACACUUUUGCCAUUUCCCACACAUCAUCAUUAGGUUUUUUCGUCCAAUCAAAAUCCACAAUUCUUGGUCAACAGUUUUGGCUUGACCCAAUCUUAAAACCCGCGUGACCCGACCCGGAUUCACCUGCUUCUUUCUUCUUCCUUUAAUUGUUUUCCUCUCAACUAACACACACGCUCAUGAUCCUAACCGAGGAGGAGACGAAUUUACUCAUUUCCUCAUUUUCAACUCAAUCAUAACCAAUUCCGUUUCCUCAUCAUCGCACCAGAAUCCCUCUUCGCCUGCUCGAUUCCUGAUCUCUAGGGUUUGGGUUCUGGAGGCGAAGGGGGUGUGCGUGUUGCAAACUCAAACGCUAUGGCGGUUUCUAGUGCCUAUGUUGCUACCCCGAAGCUGGAGGCGUUGCUAUCGAAUCCGAUUAUUCCGUCCUCUUCGCCGGCGGCGGUUGAUCUGAUCGGGAUUCGUGCUCUUCCGAUGAACAACAGGCCAAGGCGAGGCGUGAUCCAGAGAGCGCGUUGCGAGAUUUCUGCGUCUAAGGCAGCCAACAUCUCGGCUCUGGAGCAGCUCAAGACUUCUGCUAUUGACAGAUACACAAAGGAAAGAAGCAGCAUUGUGGUGAUUGGGCUUAACAUUCACACAGCUCCUGUAGAGAUGCGCGAGAAGCUCGCCAUUCCAGAAGCUGAAUGGCCACGAGCUAUCACCGAGCUGUGCGGUUUGAAUCAUAUUGAAGAAGCUGCCGUCCUCAGCACCUGCAACCGAAUGGAGAUUUAUGUUUUGGCUCUAUCUCAGCACCGUGGAGUCAAAGAAGUCACUGAAUGGAUGUCUAAGACAAGUGGAAUCCCAGUUUCGGAGAUCUGUCAGCACCGUUUUCUGCUGUACAACAAGGACGUCACGCAACAUUUAUUUGAAGUCUCAGCUGGUCUGGACUCUCUUGUCCUAGGAGAAGGUCAGAUACUUGCACAGGUUAGACAAGUUGUUAAUUUGUGUCAAGGAGUCAAUGGAUUUGGGAGGAACAUCAGUGGGCUUUUUAAGAAAGCAAUCUCGGCUGGAAAGCGUGCCAGAACAGAGACGAAUAUCGCUGCUGGUGCUGUUUCCGUCAGCUCUGCUGCCGUCGAGCUUGCUCUCAUGAAGCUUCCAGAAUCUUUUCCGCAUGCAUCAUCUGCUAGGAUGUUGGUAAUCGGUGCAGGGAAGAUGGGGAAGCUUGUAAUUAAGCACUUGGUUGCCAAAGGUUGCACUAAGAUGGUGGUUGUGAACCGAAGCGAAGAGAAAGUUGCAGCUAUCCGCGAGGAGAUGCCGCCUGGUGUUGAGAUUAUUUAUAAACCCCUUGAUGAGAUGCUGGCUUGUGCUGCGGAAGCCGAUGUAGUCUUUACUAGCACAGCCUCAGAUGCACCGUUGUUCUUGAAGGAGCACGUAGAGGUUCUCCCUCCUGUUGCGGAUGCGAGGCUCUUUGUUGAUAUCUCAGUUCCUAGAAACGUUGGGUCUUGUGUCGCUGAUUUAGUCGGUGCACGGGUUUACAACGUGGACGACCUGAAGGAAGUCGUUGCUGCCAACAAAGAAGACAGGGCGAAGAAAGCAAUGGAGGCUCAGGCUAUAAUUACAGACGAAUCCAGACAGUUCGAAGCGUGGAGGGAUUCGCUCGAGACGGUUCCAACGAUCAAGAAAUUAAGGGAAUAUUGCGAGAAAACCAGAGCUGCUUUGGUCGAAAGGUUCAUGUCGAAAAACGGCAAGGACAUGGACAAGAAGACGAAGAAAGCAGUAGAGGAUCUAACACGAAGUAUAGUGAACAAGAUCCUGCACGGUCCAAUGCAACAUUUGAGAUGCGAUGGGACUGAUAGCAGAACGCUGCGUGAGACGCUAGAGAACAUGCAGGCUCUGAACCGAAUGUAUGGACUCGAUGUGGAGUUACUCGAGGAGAAGAUCAGAGCAAAGGUGGAACAAAAAUAGAGAGCAUCUGUUGCAUCCAUUUUUUUAGGUUCGUAAAGGUCAAACGCCACGCCUUUGUAAAAUAUACAAACUUGAGUAGAGAGUGAAGAUAGCUUCUGAGGAUGAUGAUGUUUUGAUCGAGGUCCCUUGAUGAGGAAUAAGCUAUAAUUGUUUCAUUUUUUUUUUAUAAGGGCCAUAAUUGGUUCAUUGCGUUUGUAUUUUACAUGUAUCAAUUAUAUUUACAUUUUUUCUUAUAACUUUUGCGUUUGAGAGAAUGAUAAAAACCAUAAAUUGGAGAAGCAAGCAAAAGGAUAUGACGAUGUUUUUAAUCAUAUUAACUUUUAUUAUUCUAGUGUUUGGUUAAGCGUUUUUAAAAUAAACCGGCCAAUUCUAC